ACUCCUCAUUUGGGCAUAUUCCCAACUUUUAGAUCUCUUGAAAGUUUGUGCAGAAAAAACUCCGUUAAAAACUUAACCAGUUGGACCGAUGCCGUUCGUAAACAAACUAGUAAAUCAGAAAAUGUGUAUGCAAAAGAAGAUCGUUAUGGUGCACAUAACUAUCAUCCUUUACCAGUCGCUAUUGCCAAAGCUAAGGGUGUGUACGUUUGGGAUACAGAGGGCAAUAAAUACAUGGAUUUCCUAAGUGCAUACAGCUCUGUAAAUCAAGGACAUUGUCACCCAAAAAUAGUUGAUGCACUUGUUGAACAGUCAAAAAUUUUGACAUUAACUUCUCGUGCAUUCUAUAACAACAUUCUCGGCGAAUAUGAGGAAUAUAUAACAAAGCUUUUCCGUUACGACAAAGUGCUUCCUAUGAAUACUGGGGUAGAAGCUGGAGAAACAGCCUGUAAAUUGGCUCGAAAGUGGGCCUACAAGGUCAAAGGCGUUCCCAAUAAUGAAGCCCGAAUUGUCUUUGCUGAGGGAAACUUUUGGGGUCGCACACUGUCGGCUUGUUCCUCGUCUACUGACCCAUCUUGUUACGAGGGCUUCGGACCUUAUAUGCCUGGAUUUGACAUUGUUCCCUAUGAUGACCUGAAAGCGCUUGAGGAAAAACUCAAAAACCCUCACACUUGCGCGUUUAUGGUUGAACCUAUUCAAGGUGAAGCCGGUGUUCGUGUGCCGUCGGACGGAUAUCUGAAAGGGGUGCGCGAGUUGUGUGACCGAUACAACGUGCUGUUCAUUGCAGAUGAAGUUCAAACUGGAUUGUGUCGGACUGGAAAACGAUUAUGCGUUGACCAUGAGCACGUACGGCCGGAUAUUGUACUACUCGGAAAAGCACUCUCGGGUGGAUUGCUUCCAGUAUCCGCGGUGCUUGCUGAUGACAAAAUUAUGUUGUGUAUCAAACCGGGUGAACAUGGGUCAACUUAUGGUGGCAACCCCUUGGCCUGUAAAGUGGCUAUGACCGCACUCAAGGUUCUCGAGGAGGAGCAUCUUGCGGAGCGUGCCGAAAAGCUUGGCAAACACUUUCGAUCCGCGUUGGCUAAGUUGGACAAAUCUGUGGUUCAAAGCUAUCGGGGAAAAGGGUUGUUAAAUGCCAUCGUGAUUGGGCAGAAAUAUGAUGCAUGGAAAGUGUGCCUUCAGUUGCGCGAUCACGGUCUACUGGCAAAACCCACGCAUGAUACCAUAAUUCGACUAGCUCCACCAUUAAUCAUUACAGAAGAAGAGUUGGACAAGGCAAUUGAAAUUAUUCACAAUGUGAUAAAAUCGAUUGCUUGA